GUUGCCUCUGUCUGCUCUACGAAACCAACGGGAAACUUUACAAUCCCAGUAACAGGACGAACGCUGAAUACAAUGCUUAUGUUCAAAACUGGGUUGUUACGUUUUCAAGGGGCUGCAACCUCAGGUCUUUUCUCACCAUUGCGGACCUUCAAUGCCGCUAGGCAGGUGACGGCAUCACCACGACUGUUUUCUAGUAAGAUAUUGGACAAGAUUGCUGUAAGAAACCUCUUUCAUGCACAAACUUUUUCAGCAAAGAAGAGCUCUACAGCUGGAAGCCUUUUUCUGGGAAACCGGCACCUCAGGUGGCAUUCGACUAGGACUCCGGGGAAAAAGGAUGCUGGGAAUGCGGAUGAAACCGGCAAGAAAGAAGAGGCCAAGAAGGCUGGGUCUCUGGACGAGAUCAUAGAGUUGUUGAAGUUGUUGAAAGACGAGUGGCCAACAUUGCUUUUUGCAAUGCUUUGCUUGUGCUUCAGCUCCGCCGUGAGUAUGCUUUUCCCUACUAUCGUUGGUAAGAUUAUCGACACUGCGAAACCUGACGGCGACCCUAGUGAGGAAGAUGAAGAUAUAGGAAAUUUCAAGGUUCCUAAAGUUAUUGAUAUCAUGUCAUAUGAGAUACCCAUUAACGUGUUCUAUGGUUCUUUGAUUUGUAUUUUCGCUGUUGGCUCGAUGGCUAACUUCGGCAGAAUUAUUCUGCUGAGGAAAGUGGGUGAAAGAAUUAUGGCAAAACUCAGAGUUGAUAUUGAAAAGAACAUUUUUUACCAGUCCUCCAAAUUUUGGGACAAAUAUAAGAGUGGAGAUUUGAUUUCCCGUCUUGUCAAUGAUUCCACCGUAGUUACAAGAUCAGUCACCCAGAAUGUAUCCGAUGGUUUGAGAUCAACCAUCAGUGGGUUCGUUGGUGUUGCUAUGAUGCUUACAAUUUCGGUCAAGCUGACAGGAUAUAUGUUUCUGAUUUUUCCUGUUCUUUUGUUCAUUGCGUUGGUAUUUGGUAGAAGGGUCAAGAAAGUCUCAAGGGAAAUUCAGCAACAAUUAGGUUCGUUGACAAAGGUCUCCGAGGAACAAUUUAGCUUUGUGAAGACAAUCCAAAGUUUUAAUAAUGAGAACUAUGAAGUGUCCAAGUUUAAGAAGGAAGUGACGAAAUUGUAUGAUUUAUCAGUCUAUGAAGGUAAACUCAACGGCUAUUUCUAUUCUGGAAAUGGAUUCAUUGGUAACUCCUUUUUAGUUUGCCUACUUUCUGUCGGUGUUUGGAUGGUUAGACAGGGUGAGCUGUCCAUCGGGGAAUUGUCAUCUUACUUGAUGUACACAAUCUACAGUGCAUCAAGUGUAUAUUCCUUAUCCAACUUUUACUCUGAACUAAUGAAAGGUGUUGGUGCCUCAGAACGUGUCUUUGAACUAUUAAAACUGAAGCCCGAUAUUGAUCCUUACGUUGGGAAAAAGGCUUCUGCAGAUGGUGACAUUGUUUUUGAGAACAUCAAAUUCCAUUAUCCAACCAGAACUAAUCAUCAAGUAUUUGACGGAUUGAACUUAGUUUUAAAUAAAGGUGACCAUGUUUGUUUAGUGGGCCCCUCUGGUUGCGGUAAAAGUACCGUCACCCAACUAUUACUGAGAUACUAUGAUCCAGAUUCAGGUAAAAUAUACGUCAAUGGUAAUGAUUUGUCUGAAUUGAGCUUGGCUAAUUUUAGAGAACAGGCCGGAAUUGUCCAACAAGAACCAAUGCUAUUUUCUGGAACUUUGAGAGAAAACAUUGUUUAUGGUAAAAGAGAUGCGAGUGAGGAUGAUGUUCGGAGAGUAUGUGAUCUUGCUAACUGUACUACAUUCAUCAAUAAUUUCCCUGAUAAGCUUGAAACAAAGAUUGGUGCUAAGGGAGCUCAACUGAGUGGUGGACAAAAGCAGAGAAUUGCCUUAGCAAGAACUUUACUGCUAGGUGCCGAAGUAUCCGAAAAGGUGAAAAAGAACAUGAGCAACCUAGAUGUGUUUGGGGAAGAUGGUGAGAUACUUUUAGGUCCAAGUGUUUUGAUUCUUGACGAAGCAACUUCAGCGCUAGAUGCUCACUCAGAGGAAGCCAUAAAGAAAACGCUUCAGUUGAGACAUAAGGCUGGUUUGACCACAAUUUCCAUUGCACAUAGGUUGAGUACCAUAAACAUGAGUAACAGAGUAAUUGUAUUUUCGCAACAUGGCGACAUUGUGGCUGAUGGAUCCUUUACACAAAUGAUCAAUAACCCAAAUAGUGAAUUGAAUAAAUUGUUGAAUAAGAGUUCCAAAGGUGAUAAUACAGAAAUCGAUCUAACGAAGAAGGAGAAGCUCGAAGAAGAAUUAGAAGGGGAAAACGAGGAAGAUGAAACCAAGGCGGAGACAGAUGAUACACAAAUGGUAUCAAACAAGAAGUAGAAGAAAUCCAUAGACAUGCCCACAGAUGGUUAAUGCUGCGACAAAUCUUUUGGAAAGGUCCAUGAGAUAUCAUUAUACUUGUGUAAAUAGAAAAACUGUACGAACAUUUUGUCUAUAAUUAAAGUUUGUUACUUGCCGAUUACGAUUUUAUAUGAAUAUACACUAAAGAUUGAUGUUUUAGAACGAUGAUCAAUGUGGGUCACCGCUAUCUGUUAUCUCCCACAGUGCGUACUUUCCCUCUUGUGAAAAGACGACAAUAUCAUUUGCUCCGUCAUCCACGAAGUAAUGCUCUCCUGCGCUAUUGUACGAUCGUGAUACGUUUUUAACUCCAUAUGAAAAUAAUGCGAACCAGUCCAACCUACUGGAAACAUGACU